ACGCAAGGUAUCGUCGAGCAGACCACUGAUGCUCAGCUGUCUACGCUCAUCCUGGACAACAGGAAGAAGCUCAAUGAGAUCAUUGACUCCAUUCUGCAAUCCUGCAUCAACAAGGUUGACGAAGCCGUUUAUGAGCUCGAGUCUCCGGCUCAGGUCGGCAACGUCAACUCUACACCAGAGUAUACACUUUCCAUGAUUGAGAAGGCAGUCAACAAUGCCACCGAGUUUGCGACCGUUUUUGAUCUCUACCUUGGUCAAGAAAAGGGUGGAGAUCACGUGGACGUCAUCAAGUCAGCCAACGAGUUUGCUCAUUCUCUCUCUGAAGUCCUCGUCAACACCAAGGGUAUCACCCGUUUGACUAGCACAGAUGAAGCAUCCGACCAACUCGUUGCCAUAGCCAAGCUUGCCGGUGAGACCGGUAUGCGAUUCUUCCUGAACUUGCAAUCCUACAAGAUCGAGUUGGUUGCUCCUGCCAACCGUAGAGAGAUCCCCCUCCGUGUAAUGAUGGAGUCUCGCACGUCGCUGAACAAGCUGAGCACAAAAGUCGAGGAGCUCGUACCCAAGGGGAAGGGUGGUUCCCUUGCCAAAGCCAAC